CCCAAUCAGCCUCAGUGCCUACCUUCACACAUAAGCGGCAGGGCACUCAGGUCCACCGGCGCGCACAGACCUACACAUACACACACACACACACACACACACACACACCUAGACACUUGUCCCAUCCACAAAAAACACACACCCUCCCUUCUAAAUAUCACCCCGUGCAACCUCUCAAUAUUGGCUGAGUCCUGGAGCCCUCAGCAUCUCCAUCACGGCUUGAGGGACCAUUCGGGAAAGCAGGAGGCAGAGGUGGAUUAUGAGAAUGCUCGUGCGGCUCGUGCUCGGACUCUUCGUCCUCAAAGCGGCGAUAGCCAGUCCCAGAUUUUCCCGACAAGUGGACUUGGACACGUACGACCUCGCAAACUACGACGAAGAGGAAGACAACUUUGAUUUGGACAAUGGAGAAAGCUACGACUAUGACGAGGAACUGACAACUGACGAGUCUGAGACAGAGACUGAAACACCAAACGAACUUGACUAUAACUACCCACCAGAAGACUUGGAGGAGGAAAAGCCAGAAGAAGAGGAGGAUGUUCAACAGGAGAAGGGGGAGGAGGAGGAAAAUCAAGAGGAGAAGGAGGAAGAGGAUAACCAUGAGGAGGAGUAUAAUCAAGGGGAGGAAAACGAGGAGGAGGAGCUGCCUUUGACACCCCAACUCAUCCCCCAGGGUUCAGGAGGAUCGGGCGUUCUCAUGGGCCCAGACACACAAAAAGAGGUGGAGCUACGUCGGGUGCCCGUUGACACUCUCCAUGUUUCCGGGGAUUUCGGAGGCUCCGCAGGGUCAGGAUCCUCAGGAGCUUCUGGGGCUUCCGGAGCUUCUGGGGCCUCGGGGUCUGGAGGCUCAGGGGACAUUCUGGUCUCUGGAGCUUCUGGGGAGUCUGGUGAAAUUAUCAUGAUGUCCGGAGCCUCAGAAGAGCUGUUCAGCUCUGGUGGACCUGAGGAAUUAUUAUCCGGGGACAUCCUGAUAUCUGGGGAUCUCUCUGGAUCUGGAGUCACUAGUGGAUCUGGUGUUUCUGGAUUCUCUGGGGACAUUCCAUCUGGAGAAUCUGAAUUUGUCACCGAACUCCCUGUUGGCUCUGGUGGAUCCGGGGACCCGUCUGGAUCUGGGUUCUCUGGAGAUAUUUUGAUCUCUGGGGCCUCUGGAAUCUCUGGGGCCUCUGGAAUCUCUGGGGCCUCUGGAAUCUCUGGGGUUUCCGGGGACUCUUUUGAAUCUGGGCAGUCAGGGAUAACUUUUAUAACUGAAGAGGAGGAACGGCCCCUCGUUCCAGAAAUUAUCCCCCAAGAAGCAUCGGGGGGUUCUGGGGAGAUCUCAGGAGUUUCAGGAACCUCUGGAGCUUCAGGGGACAUUGGUGUCUCCGGAGGCUUAGAGGUCUCCGGAACCUCUGGAACUUCUGGUGUCUCUGCUUCUGGAGACAUCGAGGUCCCUGAGGUGAAUCUGCUCCCUGAGCCCAAAGAAGAGGAGGAGCUGCUUCCAACCACACCUGAACCCUCUCAGGAGGUGCAAACCAGUAUAGAAGAGACAAUGACCUCUGGUGAUCCAGAGCAGCCCGAGGAAGAGGUGGUUGAUGCACAAGGUAUGCCAGUGUGCUUGCUGUGCACGUGCCUUGGUGGUUCGGUCUACUGCGAUGACUUGAAGCUGGACAGUGUUCCGCCUCUACCCAAAGACACCACUCACUUCUAUGCCCGCUACAACAAAAUCACAAAGAUAAACAAGUCUGACUUUGCCAACAUGAACAAACUGAAGCGGAUUGACCUGACUGCCAAUGAGAUAACAGCUAUUGAUGAUAAAGCUUUUAUGGGUCUGCCUGCGCUGGAGCAGCUGAUAAUCAGAGAAAACCACGUCUCGCAGCUGCCGGCUCUCCCAGAGACCAUGACCUUGAUCGAUGGCAGUCACAACAACAUUGGCUCAAGGGGGAUUCAUAAAGAGGCUUUUAAGGACAUGACCAGUCUACAGUUCUUGUACCUGACGGAUAACAACAUCGAUUACAUCCCAGUGCCUUUACCAGACAGCCUGCGAUCUAUACAUCUACAGCGGAACAACAUUCAGAUGAUGCACGAAGACACAUUCUGCAACCUGAAUGACUUCAACUACAUCAGGAACGCUCUGGAGGACAUCCGUCUGGACGGAAACCCCAUCAACCUCAGCAAAACCCCGCAGGCAUACAUCUGUCUGCCCCGUAUACCCGUCGGAAAUCUCGUUUAGCCUUCGCUCCUGCACACAAGUGCGGCAACAUGCACGCAAAUUUGUACAUACUGACACGCAGACUUCAAGUGUAUUCACUGGUCAAACAGGCCAUUACUUGCAAUAAAUUGUGUUUCCAACAAACUGUCAUACAUGCUGCUGACACGAUGGUGCAAAUCUGUAAAACUGUGUGGAAAUUUCGUUAUCAGCCAAAUAAAAAAAACCAUAAACAUAAUCUAAAAACAUGUACAUACACACACUGCUCUACCUUCUCCUGUUCAGCAACAAAACACAUUUCUGUUGAAAUAAAAACACUAAAAAGCACACUCUGCAUUUACUCCGGUGAUAGAUUGUCUAAAUAAGUUUGUAAAAAUUAAAGUUAAUAUUAAGACUGAGGAUGAAUCAAACACUUUUGGCCUUGUACACUGGUAUAAAUCUAUUAAAGCUGGAGCUUAAUGAGGGGUAAAUCGAGUAUCUAAAACAAUAAAAGAUGCAUUUAAACAAAAUUGUUGGUUGUAAAGUUUGUACUGUAAUAUAAGAAAUAUAUAGGCUCAAGAUUUUCUUUUUUAACUAACUGCAGUAAUUGGUAUAUUUUAUUUUCAAAAGUCAUGUUUGAAGGGGAUUGUUGUUGGUUGUGGACGGGGUUGAGAAUAAUACUGAGCGCUUGCUAUUGUGUGAUCUGAAUGGAAUAACCACAAACAAAUAAAGUCCUGAAGACCUCUCCCAUCUGGA